UUUAUAAAUUAAAAGGGCUAGGUAAAGAAUUUAAGUUAAAAUUUAAGGCAGAAUUUAAAAUAAAAUUUAAAGUAAAAUUUAAGGCAGAAUUUAAGGCAGGUAAAGAAUUUAAAGUAGAAUUUAAGGCAGAAUUUAAGUUAAAAUUUAAGUUAGAAUUUAAGGCAAUAAUAUCCCUUAAGCUUUUACUCUUUUUACUGCCUAAGUUAUCGACAGCUCACGGCCCAACGCAUAUUAUAGACAUUCGACCAGCAGCACAGCGCGAACGGGAAGGCGCUUUCACAUUCCCAAGCGCCACUCUAUUUAACGCAUCCACUACACAACACACAAUCAGCAUCAUCGAGCGGAACGUUCUUGAGUGGCGCAUGGACCCGCAAAGCGAUGCUCGUAUCAAGGAGAUUGUAGACGAGUUUGGCUAUGACACGCGGAUCGUUGUCUUCUGUUCAGAAGGAUACACAAGUUCCUUGGCAGCGAGGGAAUUGCAGAAGUUGGGACUGUCGCGAGCGACCGAUUUGGACGGCGGAUACCGUGCGUGGAAAGAGUAUCUGGAGAUUACAGAAGCAAACGGUGCUAUUAAUUGCCUUUGA